AUAAAUUAUAUAAUACAAGAUAACUCAAAAGGUUACUUUAAAGAAAAACAAACAAAGCAAUACACAAAAGAAAAACCUUCUAAUUGGUAGAACCCAGCAAGGUAAUCACUGACAUCAUCCAGCCAUUUAAGCAGGAAGUACUGGGCCUGCCCCUCCCAUACUCCUGCCCUGCUGCAGAUCUACAAGCAGAAAUGAUGACCUCCAACAGCCAAGUGUCUCCAAUGAGGAAGAAGCUUCUUCCAUCCAACAAGUCUGUAACCUGGCAAAUGGGUCCAGUGAUAACCAGGAUGUACCAGAACCUCAGUGGACUGAAGAAGAACAGAUGGAUCCAGAACCAAAGUGGAUUAAAAGAGAAGAGGAGGAACCAGAACCUACACUGUUUAAACAUGAGGAAAUAGAAUAUCCACUAACUUAUGUAAGAAAAGAGGAACUAGAUUCUUCAGUGCUUCAACAUGAACAGCAGCCACCAGAACAUUUACCAACUGGACAGGACCAGAAGGACCUCUGCAGCAGUCAGGAGGGAGAGCAGCUUGUCCAGAAGCAGUUUGUUGCUUUGAUUGAGACUUCUACUCUUCAGGGAGAUGAUAUGAGUGAAGAAGAGACAAGAACAGAGCAGCUUUCCCUUCGUGUCUCUCCAGUGGUUGAGAGCAAAGAUCAGGAAGGAAGCAGCUGCUCUGUGUCAGAGAGUCAGUCUGAUACUGGCACAAAGAAAAGACCUUUCAAAUGUGACAUUUGUGGGAGAUGUUAUACACAACGGUAUAACUUGAAAAAACAUUACAGAACCCACACUGGUGAGAAACCGUUUUCAUGCCAGUUGUGCAGAAAAAGUUUCUCACAAAAUAGUAGUUUAAAAGUGCACAAGAGAAUUCAUACAGGUGAGAAGCCUUUUUCAUGUCAGUCAUGCGGAAAGAGUUUCUCUCAAAUUGGUUCUUUAAAUGCCCACGUGAGAAUUCACACAGGAGAGAAACCUUUUUCAUGUCAGUCCUGCGGAAAGAGGUUCCCUCAACGUAGUCACUUAAAUGUCCACAAGAGAAUUCACACAGGUGAGAAACCUUUUUCAUGUCAGUCAUGCGGAAAGAGUUUCUCUCAAAUUGGUUCUUUAAAUGCCCACGUGAGAAUUCAUACAGGUGAGAAGCCUUUUUCAUGUCAGUCAUGCGGAAAGAGUUUCUCUCAAAUUGGUUCUUUAAAUAUCCACAAAAGAAUCCAUACAGGUGAGAAGCCUUUUUAAUCCAAGUCAUGUGGAAUAAAGUUUCUCUCGGAUUGAGGAGCUAAAAUGUAGUGAGAAUUCAUAAAGGUGAGAGGCUAUUUUGAAGCCAAACAUGUCGAAAAGCUUUCUCUUAAAUUGAUGUGCAAGAACCAAGAGUUCUCAGAAAAACCACAUGAGUGCGAUGGGUUUUUCCACAUGAACUAUGGGGGGAGUGUAUGAAAUAUGCUAUAGAAUAUUAAGAUUUCAACUGAUGUGCAAGUUCAGAUAUUGAGGUGUUAUUCUACUUGACAUGCUACUGGCGGACAUUUGCAAAGCAGUCAAUUCAAAAGCAGGACUUUUUUUUUCUGCUGACUGGCUGUACCCCAAUAGCAGAGACAAGGAAGACAUUUACUGUUAGUUUCUUUAGUUGUGCCAAAAUGAGUUCCACAAAAUAUAUUCAUGUGUAUUACGGUAUAUUGGGUAUUUGAAUUGAUAAAUUAGACAGAUCAUUUUAGAGUCUCAAGUACUCUGAAAUACAUCAGAAUGAUAGAGUUGGAACUGCCUACUCCAGAGGUCUCCAACCCAAUUAUUCAACAGUUAAUAUCCUACAGGUUUGAGAUUCAUCCCUGCUCCCAGGGCCUGCCAUAAAUAUUGGGCCCCAUGGCAAAAAAUAAAAUUGGGUCUCCACUGCGCAGGUGCUGUCACUAUUUUCUGAGUCAGUCUGACCCAUUACAAGCGAUUUGAUACAUCCACAUGUUAGAUGUAUCAAACAAUUUAAAAAUAAAAACCUUGACAAUUGCAAUAAAUAGCGAUAUUGGAUAUAUUUCUAGAUUUUUAAACUAUUGAAAUAAGGGUUUAUCUGCUUUGUGAUGGGUGUGUUUUUUCUUACUUGAUUUGUAUAUUUAAUUUACUUUUUACUAAGGGAUAUGGACUACUUCUUGUCUCGCAAUAAAGAGUUAUGAAUUAA